AUGCUUUUCCAGGUAUCCAUGGGCAGCAUGAGACACCGAAGAAAUGGCAAUUUUGAGAGUUCCAGACUCCUCUAUUCCAGCAUGUCUCGCAGCAUAGACGUGGCUUGCAGCGAUGCUGAUUUGGCCAACUUCAUCCAGGAAAACUUUAAGAAGAGAGAAUGUGUCUUUUUUACAAAAGACACCAAGUCGAUGGGUAACUUAUGUAAAUGUGGGUACCCUGAAAAUCAGCACAUAGAGGGCACUCAGGUUAACACCACCGAAAAGUGGAACUACAAGAAGCACACGAAGGAGCUUCCUACUGACGCCUUCGGGGACAUUCAGUUUGAAAACUUGGGAAAAAAAGGAAAGUACAUCCGCCUGUCGUGUGACACGGACUCAGAGACACUCUAUGAUCUCAUGACCCAGCACUGGCACCUUAAAACCCCAAACCUUGUCAUCUCUGUCACCGGCGGUGCCAAGAACUUCGCGCUCAAGCCCCGCAUGCGCAAGAUAUUCAGCAGGCUGAUCUACAUUGCCCAGUCCAAGGGAGCCUGGAUUUUCACCGGGGGAACGCACUAUGGGCUGAUGAAGUACAUUGGGGAGGUGGUCAGAGACAACACCAUCAGUCGCAGCUCCGAGGAGAACGUGGUGGCCAUUGGCAUCGCGGCCUGGGGCAUGAUCUCCAACCGGGACACCCUCAUCCGCACGGCCGACAGUGACGGGAGCUACCUGGCCCACUACAUCAUGGAUGACCUGAAGAGAGACCCCCUGUACUGCCUGGAUAACAACCACACCCAUCUCCUGCUGGUUGAUAACGGCACCCACGGGCACCCCACGGUAGAGGCCAAGGUGCGCACCCAGCUGGAGAAGUACAUUUCGGAGCGGGUCAUCCCAGAAUCUAAUUAUGGUGGGAAGAUUCCCAUUGUGUGUUUUGCCCAAGGUGGUGGGAAGGAGACUUUGAAAUCCAUCAACGUGGCCAUCAAGAGCAAGAUUCCCUGUGUGGUGGUGGAAGGCUCUGGGCGCAUUGCUGAUGUCAUUGCGAGCCUGGUGGAGGCUGAAGGCACUCUUGCUUCCUCCUGCGUCAAGGAGAGCCUGCUCAGGUUCCUGCCUCGCACCAUUUCCAGGCUCUCAGAAGAGGAGACCGAGAGCUGGAUCAAGUGGAUCAAAGAAGUCCUUGAGAGCCCUCAUUUACUGACUGUGAUCAAAAUAGAAGAAGCUGGCGAUGAAAUUGUGAGCAAUGCCAUCUCCUUUGCGCUGUACAAAGCUUUCAGCACCAACGAGCACGACAGGGAUAACUGGAAUGGGCAGCUGAAGCUGCUGCUGGAGUGGAACCAGCUGGACCUGGCCAGCGAUGAGAUCUUCACCAAUGACCGAAACUGGGAGUCUGCUGACCUACAGGAUGUGAUGUUCACAGCCCUGGUGAAAGACAGGCCCAAAUUUGUCCGACUCUUCCUGGAAAAUGGCUUGAAUCUGCGGAAGUUCCUCACCACAGAGGUCCUGAGGGAGCUGUACACCAAUAACUUCAGCAGCCUGGUGUUCAAGAACCUGCAGAUUGCCAAGAACUCCUACAACGAUGCCCUCCUCACCUUUGUGUGGAAAAUGGUGGAGGAUUUCCGGAGAGGUUUCAAAAGAGAUUACAAAAACAGCAAGGAUGAGAUGGAGAUACAGCUUUCAGAGGAGUGUCCUAUCACAAGGCACCCGUUGCAAGCUUUGUUUAUUUGGUCAGUUCUUCAGAACAAGAAAGAGUUGUCCAAAGUCAUUUGGGAGCAAACCAGGGGCUGCACUUUGGCAGCCCUGGGAGCCAGUAAGCUCCUGAAAAGUAUGGCCAAGGUGAAGAAUGAUAUAAAUGCUGCUGGUGAGUCUGAGGAACUCGCUAACGAAUAUGAAACAAGAGCAGUAGAGCUUUUCACCGAGUGCUACAGCAACGAUGAAGACCUGGCUGAGCAGCUGCUGACUUAUUCCUGUGAAGCCUGGGGAGGGAGCAACUGUCUGGAACUAGCAGUGGAAGCCAGAGACCAGCAGUUUAUUGCCCAGCCAGGUGUGCAGAAUUUCCUUUCCAAGCAGUGGUAUGGAGAGAUUUCAAGAGACACUAAGAACUGGAAGAUUAUACUGUGCCUAUUCUUUUUCCCUUUAAUAGGCUGUGGUUUCAUCUCAUUCAGGAAAAAGCCUGUGGAGAAGAGUAAGAAACUGUUCUUAUAUUAUGUGUCUUUCUUCACCUCCCCCUUUGUGGUCUUCUCCUGGAACGUCAUCUUCUACAUUGCUUUCCUGUUGCUCUUCGCCUACGUGUUGCUUAUGGAUUUCCAGAAGGAACCCACGGCCCUGGAGAUCAUCCUUUACGUGCUGGUCUUCAUUCUGCUUUGUGAUGAAGUGAGACAAUGGUACAUGAAUGGCAGCAAGUAUUUCUCAGACCUGUGGAAUGUUAUGGAUACCCUUGCCAUCUUCUACUUCAUAGCAGGGAUUGUGUUCAGGCUUCACUCUGAUGAAAGCUCUUGGUAUUCCGGAAGAGUAAUUUUCUGUUUGGACUACAUAGUUUUUACCCUGAGGCUCAUCCAUAUUUUCACAGUUAGCAGGAAUCUAGGACCCAAAAUUAUUAUGCUGCAGAGAAUGAUGAUAGAUGUCUUCUUCUUCCUCUUCCUCUUUGCUGUGUGGAUGGUGGCCUUUGGUGUGGCCAGGCAAGGCAUCCUGAGGAAGAACGAGCACCGCUGGGAGUGGAUCUUCCGCUCGGUCAUCUACGAGCCCUACCUGGCCAUGUUUGGCCAGUACCCUGAUGAUAUUGAUGGUACCACCUACAACUUUGACCACUGCACUUUUUCUGGGAACGAGUCCAAGCCCUUGUGUGUGGAGUUGGAUGCCAACAACCAACCUCGCUUCCCAGAGUGGAUCACCAUUCCCCUUGUGUGCAUUUACAUGCUCUCCACCAACAUCCUCCUCGUGAACCUGCUUGUGGCCAUGUUCGGUUACACUGUUGGAUCAGUGCAAGAGAACAACGACCAGGUGUGGAAGUUCCAGCGUUUUUUCCUGGUCCAGGAAUACUGCAGUCGCCUGACCAUCCCCUUCCCCUUUGUCAUCUUUGCCUACAUCUUGAUGGUGAUGAGGAAAUGCUUCAAGUGCUGCUGUAACAAAGAAAGCAAAGAGCCAUCGAUUUGUUGCUCAAGAAAUGAGGACAAUGAAAUCCUGGCAUGGGAAGCUGUCAUGAAAGAAAACUACCUUGUCAAAAUCAAUACAAAAGCAAGUGAUUCAUCAGAAGAGAUGGUGCAUCGAUUUAGACAACUGGAUGCAAAGCUCUCUGAUUUGAAAGGCCUUCUGAAAGAGAUUUCCAAUAAAAUUAAAUGACUGCAGCUGAAAUCCAAGAGCAGCUACUGGAGCAGGGUACCAAUUCACGAAGAAUAAUUGCUCGAAGCUGGCAGUAAUUCCCAAGCAGGCGGUAAUGGAGGCACCAGUGUCAAUGUCUCAGCAGGAGUCAGCAGGAUUUUCUUGCUGUUUUUAUUUUUGUGGAUCAAAUAGCCCUUUCUGCUUGUUGCGAAGUUGUGGUGAAACAGGAGAUGACUGCUUAUCUCCUGGCAUGAUUCCCGUGUUACCUGCUCGUCUCAUCUGCCCUGAUGUCCAGUGGCAGCAAUUAGUCCUUGCAAGCUGCUGUUGCAAAGCACUCCUAUUUCCAAGACUUCUGCUGCUGUUGUCAAAAUCCCUUUGUUUUCCCAUUUUACUUGAAGGAGCCUGUGCAUGGGUUUCCUUCAGGCACUAAUUGCUCGUCUGAAUUAAUCCAUCUCCCUUCCCUAUCCAUCUUGUAAUAGCCAGGUCUCACUUGUUCCUUGCAUGGGCUGUCUGUCAGACCUGCUGGGGUCUGGAAUGCUGGUGUGCCAGAACGCAGUAGACUUUGGCAUCAUCCCCCCCGGAAAGCCUUUGGUCCAGCCCUGCAUCCCUAUUUCAUACUGUUCAUGAACAUUAUGGACAUCUUCCCACUCUACCUGGAACUGUGCAGCAGUGCAGAAGUUCAGCUGUCACAGCCCUGCAUGGGAGAGACUUCAAUUCAUCUAGGAAGUGUUUCCAAAGGCCUUGUGUGCGAUCCUUGCUUGAUUUCUUGAGUGAAAAUUUGUAUCCUGGGAAUGUUGGAAUUCAUUUGACUUUUCCAUCCUGUAUUUGCUGCUGUUUGCAUUUGGAAAAGAGACUGUUGGAAUCUUUAAAUAGAGCAUGCUUGAUAUGGUGGGGUGGCCAUUUGUGCUUUCUGUCAAAAAUAGCAGCUGAAUUUUGUUAAAUUUUGUGUGGUAUAACCGAGGGCACAGCCAACUGAAGGCACUGCACAUGGCAUUUGUUCAACCCCUGGCCCUGCACAGACACCCCAACAAUCUCACUUUCUGCAUCCCUGAGAGUUCCUGGAGCUCUGUCAGCCUGGGGCUGUCCAUUCUCUGGGGAGCCUCUAAUGUGCCCAGCAGCCUCUGGGAGAAGAGCCUUUUCCCGAUCUCCAGCCUGACCCUGCCCUGGCACAGCUCCAGCUGCUCCCUCGGGUGCUGUCCCUGGCCACAGAGAGCAGAGACUGGAGCUGUCCCUUGGGAGGAAGAUGCAGGCCAUGCUGAGAUCUCCUCCCUUUCUCUUGUCAUCUUCCUCUUCUCCAAGCUGAACAAAACAAUUGACCUCAGAUGUUCCUCAUAUAGCUUUGCCUCAUCCCCUCAUCAUCUUCAUUUCAUAUCUUGAUAUCUUUAUGAUACCUUCAGAAAGGUUUCUGCUCUUUUCUCCCUGCAUCUCAUGACCCAAUGGUAGUGUAUGCUGUGCAUGACAUCCUGGGGGAUGCAGCACUAACAAUAGCAGUGGUAUUUGUUUACAUGGGGAAUCAUGUCUGUUUUCCUGCUGAAAAGUUUCUAAAUGAGUCAGGCUUUCAUUAAGUCACAGGGCAGUUAGUUUGCAUCAUAAAGUCUUGAGAUAAGGUUUCUUUCUAGACAUGAUUUUUCUCAUAGCAUUUGUAUGUCUUGGAUGUAAAAAUUAUGCUUUUAGUUUACUCCUUCUGUGUAUAAAACCUGCUAUGACUGCUAUGAUUGCCCAUAGCGCGAGAGAGCUGUUCUCUUAUAACUGUGUGAA